CACAUUCGCUACCACUAACAAUUGGGUUUCGUGUAAUCGCAGCUAACAACAACAUCCGAGAUCACUGACAGCUGGCCAAAUCGCGAACUGCUUACGUCAUUAAAGUUUAUGUUAAAGGAAGAAGAGUGGUGCAGGAAAUAUCUCUCUCGCCCUCCGGAACGUGUUAGAGUGCUUUCAAGGACAGCAAGAACGGUCCACAAAUCGCGAUAAACCAUAGCAGAACGGCCGGCUCUGGGUGAAGCUCGCCUACUCGCAAAGAGAUAAAGCAGAGCGGACGGAGCGCGCAGCCGAACGGAGAGGGCACAGUACCGAUAAGGCCGUCACCGCCACCGCCUGCAAACCCAGGGGGCGAAAAGCAAAAACACGCAACAACAACCACAACAACGACAAUUGCAAGCCUCGACCCCUCUCCCCGCCCCGGCCAGACCGCCCUUUCAUCCGCUAUCGCGGUGGCAUUUUUUCGAGGGGUGGACAGCACACACACCCCGCUCCCGGACUCGGCAGCGACUGCGGUUCCACGUAAGCGUUCCCGGAAGCGUUCCACCGUUGCUACUCCCCCGUGCUUACGGUCCCAGCAUCCGCGAUCUCUCCGUUUACCGUUAGUCCCACCGCACCACCUGAACGAGUCAUGGCAAGUGAAACGGGCGAGUACGAGAGUGUGGUGCUAGUCAAGCAGGAGGUGUUCGUGUACAAGAUACCGCCACGCCAGAGCAAUCGUAGCUACCGGGCCGCCGACUGGAACCUUACCGAACCGAUCUGGACCGGCCGGUUGCGGAUGGUGUCGAAGGGGCGGUCGCUGUGCGUGAAGCUCGAGGAUAAGACGUCCGGUUCCCUGUUCGCCAACUGUCCCAUCGAGAGCUACCCGGGCGUUGCCAUCGAGGCAGUGUCGGACAGCUCGCGGUACUUCGUGCUACGCAUCCAGGACGACAACGGGCGAACAGCGUUCAUCGGGCUUGGCUUCGGCGAUCGGUCCGACUCGUUCGACCUGAACGUCGCCCUGCAAGACCACUUCAAGUGGGUGAAGAAUGAGGAGAAGAUCGAGAAGGAGAAGGUCGAACCGAAGCAGCAGCUCGAUCUCGGCUUUAAGGAGGGCGAAACGAUCAAGAUCAACAUGAAGAUCACGAAAAAAGACGGCUCGGAGGUGUCGUCGCGACUGAACAAUAAGAAGGCGGCGUCGGGUGGUUUGCUGCCACCGCCCCCGGGUGGCAACAAAAUCAAUCCACCGGGUAGCACCAGCUCGCCUUCUCAUCAACCCUCGGCUGCCGGCGCCGCCACCGGCGGUGCUCAGACGGAAUGGGGCGAGUUCACUUCGGCCGGUGUGCAGAGUGGCACUGGUGAACCGACAGCAACGGCCACCACUCCUAGCAAAACCAACGCGAACUGGGUGCAGUUCUAAUCGGAUUGGCUGCGCGAUAUGAACCGAAUCGAACGCAGGGCGCUUUAGGUGGUGCUGCCGUCAGUGCAGCGCUGGGUGCCUGGCUCCCUCAGCGAGUAGUAAGGGAACUAUACAUAAUCGUUUAAGUUUAGGGCGCGCUUGUGCAUUUGUCGAUACGAGCAGCAGAGCAAAAUGGACAGUGAGCGCUGCGUUGGAUCUGGUUUCUCCCUCCCCACAGAAAAGGAGUGAUAUAAUCCUUUUGCAUUCGGGCAUUUGUAGAUUGUUUACCUUUUUUUUUUUUUACUGUUAUUAUGUUGCCAGGACAGUGGUCAUGUUAAAUUAUGGGCUACUUCAGCUAUAUUAUGUAAUGAAUAGCAGCAUCGUGCGCAGGGUUUGCCAUCCGAACGUCAGGAAUCUACCCAGAGCUCUCCAAACAAUCCUCCACAAGGAGUAGCAAGCAAGCGUCUCGGGUUUGCAAUGCGAUAGCAAGUCAGCGUUGGGCCGUGGUAUAUUAACUGAGUAAUGGUAGGAUGUAAGCAAAUAUUGAAGCACGCCAACGGAAUACUAAAUUGUAAUUCCAAACCAUAGAAGCAGGUGGAUUCCCAAACAUGAAGUUGCGGAUAGCGGAUACGUAGUGUUAGAAGCGUUUAGGGCGUGGGUGAAGUGUGACUGUGUUUGCUUGCAGCGGAAUCACGCAUUUCAGUUUCAGCAUUGUGUACGUUCGUUUAGGGUACUUGCUUAGCUGAGAAUCGCGUUCAAGAGCGUAGAAUUGAUCGCUUCUAGAGAUCGCAUUUGUGUAGCAUUUCAGAGAUACGUAAAUCGCACCAUAUUCGGUACAGUGGUAGGGUCUAGCGGUGACUAUUGUUUGGCUUAACUGAUCUAGAUGCAGCUUACGUAGAAACGCUGGUAACGCAAACGUUGGGUUUCUGAUGUUCUGAAGGUCUCUACGCCUCCACGCCACAUUUACGAUGCGGUGCUUUGAAAGCCGUUUCGACGGCGAUGGCUAGACGGCAGCCCCUAUGGUUAGGGCGCUCUACCCGUAACAGCUACAAAAUUGAUGUGCAAUUCUAUCAGCCAAACCGUCUAUCGCGAUGGCUUGAUGUGUCGUUAUUAUUUGUUUUUCCUUGUUCCUGAAACCUCUCGUAACCCGUUACACCCGGAUGCUGGCUCGAAUCGAAAACAAACGAAGGCUGAUGGAAAGUGAUGCCCUCGUGGCAGAAAUCCUAAUCCGCCAGCGGAUGAGAGGAAGCAUAGUGAUUCCUCUCAUCCCCGACUGAACCUGAGCUCGGAGGUCUCGGUUGCUUGAACUGUGGUGUUGGCUUGUAUGCGUAUGCGUUAUUUUGGUUUUAUGGUGAACGGCAACACCGGGCUUCGGGCAUUACAGAAUGCUCCGGUGCGAUAUGCAUGGCAUGCCCGAAAGUAACCAGAAAGAAAGCAAAAUUAACAUCAACAGAAGACAUUAAUUCGAAUUCGUAUGCAACUAGAUGAGCUAGAUUCAGAUGGGGCGAUUGAAAAUUGUGUGUAAAGAACCUACAGAUAUGCAUUAUCGGGUAUAGAUUAAAAAUGAUAUGCAGAUCUACAUAUUUAAUAUAAUCAAAUGUUAUGUGUGUAGAUAUAUAUAUAUAUAAUAUAAAAGUAUAUGGGUAUGUAUGUGUUAAUAAGCAUAUAUUAGGAGGUAUAGCUGGUAGUUGUUGCAAAGUGCAGCACAGAAAACUGUGAAACAGCAUAAAACAAUGUUGAUUUAGUUCCACACAUAUAUACACCCACGCGACAGGUACACGAACACGGCCGGACGGCUAAUCAUCAGCGGGGUAGAAGGCAUUUUGGCGAAGCCGACAAGGGUAGCAGCACUCCACUAAGGGCAGGCAACCCUGUCUAGCGAUUCUAGACCCCUUUUCGGGGCGGUAGACUGUGCGAUGAGAGCGGAUAAUAAAGUAAUAGUAAAGCAUAUCCCGAACCCAUCACCCACUGCA